AUGGACUGGGGCAGCCGGGAGCCGGCCCUGAGCCUGUCUAGAGAGCUGGAGACGUCGAGACAGCUGUCCCCAGCCAUGGCCGCGCAGGUGUCCCUGUGGCACCACUACCUGCAUGCCAUCCGCUCACGGGAAGCUCCCCGCGCCCAGGACUACCAGCGUGCGGAGAACACGCUGCUCGCGGUGCUGGAGCAGGUGCAUGCCCUGGACCCCCGCUUCCUUGUGGACUACUCCCGAGACCUGCAGGCCUUCCAGUUCUCCCUGCGCUCCUCGGAGGACCCGCUGGACAUGGAGGUGCCCCUGCAAGUGAACACCGAGGCCCUCUUGAUCGAGGAGCUGGGGGCCCCGGAGCCGGGGGACGGCCCUGCCCUCUGCCGCCUGGGCGUCCCCAGGGAGGCAGUGGGCCUGGAGCAGUGGAGGACGGAGGACGUCUUCAGCACUUCUGAGGACGAGGGCAAUGCAGAGUGCUGUGGCCACAUCGUGCCUGGCAGGGUCCUGCGUGUCCUCAAGGCCCUGCUCGUGGCUGCCAUUGUGCACUGCAGGCACCACAGCCUCAUCCCGCCAGGUUCACUGAACGCGGCCAGUCUGAGUGAGGAGCAGCUGCACCUGUCUCUGCUGGUGUCCAGCGGCUGGAGGAAGAUCCGCUUUAACAUCGUGCCUGUGGUGAGGAGGAAGCAAGGCGCGCCCACCCUGGAGAGGGUCCAGUUGAUGCCCGGACUCCCCGAGGGCACCUUGAGAAGAAUCCUGGGCCACGGGGUGGACCUGGUGCCCGCCAGCCCCCAGCACUGGAGGACCUCCACUGGCUACCCCCUCAGCCAGCUGCUCAGUGGGCUGGGCUCCCUCCAGGGCCACCGCCUGGACAGCCUCAGCAUCCUGGACCGGGUGAACCACGAGAGCUGGAGGGACGGUGGCCAGAGCCCUGGCCUGACCUUUGACCACCUGAAGAUGGCGCUGCUGUGGGCCUCCGUGCUCUUCCCGGCGCCCGAGGACUGGGCGGAGCUGCAGGGGGCCGUGUACCGGGUCCUGGUGGUGCUGCUCUGCUGCCUGGCCACAAGGAACCUGCCACACCCGCUGUGCCCCGGGCACAACUUGCUGCGUGGCUGCGGCCUGGACCUCAGCGCCAUCUACCAGCGUGUGGAGCGCUUCGCCCGCCAGCCAGAGAUGUCCCUGCACAUCCACGUCACCCACCUGGGCCGCCUCCCCCCGCCGCGCAUCGACAACGGGGUCCAGGCGCUCCUACAGCUGCCUGCCAGUGACCCCACCUACUGGACCCCUGCCUACUUUGAUGUCCUGCUGGAUAAGUUCCAGGUCUUCAACAUCCAGGAUAAGGACCGCAUCUCGGCCAUGCAGGGCAUCUUCCGGAAGACCAAGACCCUGGGCACUGAGCAGAGCUGA